AGUAAACAAACUGAAGUGAAACAGAUUUGUUAAGGAAAAUCUUUUCAUACUUCCUGUGACAGUGAAUUCAAUUAUUACCAUAACACUAUUUAGACAAGAUUUCCGCGGUUGAGAAGACGCGAUUUCACUCGAACAAUCUUUUUGGGACCUCUCAAAAAAAUCUAGCGAACUGUCGUGCACGCGUUGCCACGCAUUAUUUCAUUGCUGCAUGACUCAGAAUCUGUACACAUAUGGAGCAAAAGCUUGCGGAGUUCAGGGCCCGAAGAAGGGCUGAUGUGGCCGCUAGGAAGAGCGAAUCUUUUCAAAAACAACCCAUAAACUCAUCGGACAAUGGCAGCACUUUGAAGUUGGACAGUUGCCAGUCAUCAACAGCUGAUCCAGACACACAGGAGUUGACAGAUAGUCCAAUCUCUGCUGUCCAUCAGGCUACAAGGACUAAACAUUGGGGGGAUGACUGGCUGCUGGAGAGCACUCUGGGUCAAUGGCUUGGUUCAAAGCGACUGGCUUUCACAAAUCUGACUUUGCUGAAGGUGUUGCUUUGGCUGGUUCUACUUGGGCUGUUCGCGGAACUGGAAUUCGGGUUGCCUUUCUUCCUAAUCUCCCUCUUCUACUGGCUGUAUGAGGGGCUGCGGAGCCCAACUGCACGCCAACCUGGAGAAAUGAGUGCUUACUCAGUGUUCAACCCAGACUGUCAGCCUCUCCUGGGUGCACUUACAGCUGAGCAGCUAGAGGGAGAGAUGGGCUACAGACCACUGGCCAACAGAUGAAACCCUUCAAGACACUCAAACAACUGACUUUAAUCUGAAAUGGAAUAGCUACUGUACUUUAAGCUUCCCAUUGUACUAAAAAGGAACUGGCAACGUAUUUCUUUGAAUGAAGCACAUUGCUGGUAUUGAUUUUGAAGUCAAAUGGAGCCUAUUCCAUACUACAAGAUCAUUCACCACAAGUGCAUAUUGAUGAUGCUGGGAAAGCACCAUCCGCUUGUAAAAUUGUAUUACUGUAGUAGGACCUGCUUUUUACUAUUUUGGUCUUAAAACAUGUAAUAGUCAUCUGUAUGCAGAUGACACUUAUGUAUGCCAUUGCAAACUGUUGACCAGGCUAGAGCUGCAAUGUGACUUUGUUGCCUUACAUAAAGCCCUGGUUGGUUUAAAACUUGUACUUAAUGUGGGCAAGACUAAAUAUGUGUUCUCUAAUUCUAGCAAAAAAAAAUCAGAUGAACUACAUAUUUAUUCAUUGGAUUGUUCUCCCAUUGAUCGGGUUCCUGCCUAUAAAUAUCUGGGCAUUCGGAUUGACAAAGAUCUAAUGUAAAAAAAUAUAUUUAUAAACUUAUGGGUGAGCUAAUUAAAAAGCUGAGAUUUAAAGUGGGCUUUUUUUUUUUGAAAUACAGUGCAUUUCAGAAA